UGCUUCACAAGCGUCGCCUGUGACGUGACCUGACGUGAAUGACGUGACGGGCGGCCGGCGGGCUGCAGGCGCAGAUGGUAACAUGGCGGCCGCCGUGUUGCAGCAGUUGCUUGACCGCGCUGAAUUUGCCAAAAUCCCCAAGAAUGUCGUAUCCAAGCUCGAGAAGCUAAUCGGUGACAAGGAUGUGGAUGUCGAUGUGCUAAAGUCCAAAUAUGAGCGUUUGAAAGUGGACAGUGAGCAACAGUACUUUGAGGUGGAAAAACGACUAACCCAGACACAGGAAAAAUUAGUAGCAGAGACUCAAGAAUGUCAGAAAUUGCGUGAGGAACUUUCUACACUUAGUGACCAAUUAAAAGAAACUAAGAGCAAAAAUAAGGACCUAGAAUCUUCUAAGGAGAAACUGAUGAAUACGGAGAGCCAGCUUUCUCGUGCAAAAGAUGAGUUGGAUAAUGAAAAACGAGAGCUAGUGAGAACACUUGAACGUAGAUCACAGGAACUGGAACAUUUGAAUGCGGAUUUAAAACGUGUGAAUGAUAAACUUGUGGAAGCAAAUUCAACAAAGAUAGACCUUCAGUUAAAACUCGAUGAACUUCAAGUAUCAGAAGUCUCUGUUAAGUAUCGUGAAAAGCGUCUUGAGCAAGAAAAAGAAUUAUUAAUGAAUCAGAACAGUUGGUUGAAUACAGAAAUAAAAACAAAGACGGACGAGCUACUAGGACUUCGUCGAGAAAAAAGCAAUGAAAUUCUUGAACUCCGAUGCAAUCUGGAGAACAAAAAAGAUGAGGUUUGCAGCCUCGAAGAGCAAAUUCGUACUUUGAAAGCAGCUAAGGAAAACCUUGAGGAACAGGUUGAAGAUUUAAUGAAUAAAUUGAAGGAGUCAAAGGAACAGUCUGCAACCAUGGAAGAGAGGUUUCGAAAUGAAUUGAAUGCACACGUGAAGUUGUCAAACUUGUACAAGGGUGCAGCUGAUGACUCUGAAACUAAAGCAACAGAACUCACCAGAGCUGUCGAGGAGCUUCAUAGUCUACUGAAACAGGCAAAUGAAGCUCAUAAAGUAACUGAAGAUCGCCUGACUGAGACAGAGACCUCCAAAACCAGAGCAGUUGCUGAACUAAAUGAAAAGAUUAUCAAACUGGAAAAGGAACUGGAAAGUGCUAACCAUCUUCUUUCAGCUACAAAGCUUAAAGGAGCUGCCACUCUAUCAGAAGAGGAGCUGGCAGCGAUGUCACCCACUGCAGCAGCUGUUGCUAAGAUUGUGAAGCCUGGAAUGAAGCUCACAGAGUUAUAUAAUGGAUAUGUUGAAGCCCAAGAUCAAUUGCUAUUAGCGAAACAGGAAAAUAAGAGAGUAAAUAAAUAUUUGGAUGAAAUUGUGAAAGAAGUAGAGAUGAAGGCUCCGCUUCUGAAGCGUCAGCGCGAAGAAUAUGAACGCGUGCAAAAAGCUGUGGCAAAUCUCUCGGCUAAAUUAGAAGAUGCCAUGAAGGAAAUUCGACGUUUACAAAAAUGUACCGAUGAAGCAAAUAAGCAGGCUUCAUUGCUUAGCAGGGAGAACCAGAGAUACAAAAUGCAAGUGUCAGAUCUUUCGCAGCAGAAUAGAGUGCUUUUGAUGGAACUGGAAGAUGCACGAGGAAAUCAUAUUUUACGUGAAGACGAAGUUAGUUCUGCCGACAUAAGCAGUUCCUCUGAAGUCAUUUCACAGCACCUGGUGACCUAUCGUAAUGUUGAGGAACUGCAACAACAGAAUCAACAGCUACUGGUGACUGUUCGUGAACUUGCUGAAAAACAGGAAAAGGAAGAGCAGGAAAAAACGUCAUCACGAAUUUCCGAACUUCAGCUGAAUCUUGCGGAGGCACUGAAUGAACUCGAACGACUUCGUGAAGCCAGAAGUCACCAGAUGCAACUAGUGGAAUCAAUUGUUCGGCAGCGGGACAUGUACCGUACACUGCUUGCACAGAUGACUGGAGUGACGAUACCAGUGCAGGGUAAUACAACAGAAGAGAUGCCUUUAAUAUCAUCCACUCCAAAACGGUCUCCAGGUCAAACAAAACAAUUGCCACAGAUGACUUCCACACCAGCUCCAAUUCCUUCAGUGGAAUCUGCAGAACUUGUUCAAUCAAGGACGGCACUGAAACAGCUUCAAUUACAUUUUGAAAAUUACAAAAAAGAAAAGGCAGAGAAUGACAAAAUGUUAAAUGAACAGAAUGAGAAACUUCAAGAUCAACUGACACAGAUGAGAACUGAAAGUACAAAAUUAUCUACACAACUGGAAUUUGCCUCUAAACGGUACGAGAUGCUGCAGAACAAUGUAGAUGGAUUCCGCCGUGAAAUAGCUUCUUUGCGAGACAGAUGUCAGAAACUUACCACAACAGUUCAGAAGCAAGAGCACAUAAUAAACAGCAUGACUCAGGAUUUGCGAGCAUCAAAUGAAAAAUUGGCUUUGGAGGAGACUCGAGGAGAAAAUUUGAGGAAAGAAAAAGAUAUGUUGAAGAUGGUAGAAAUACGCCUGACCCAAGAACGGGAUUCAAAGUUUGCAGAACACAGGGGACAAAGUUUGCUACUAACAAAUUUGCAAUCUAUUCAGCUGAGUUUGGAACGUGCAGAAACUGAGACCAGGCAACGUUUAAACAACCAGAUUGAAAAGCAAGAGCGUGAAAUCGAGAAACUGAAGAAAAAAUGUGAAUAUGAAGUGGAUCAACGUCAUUUGCUUGUCAGAAACCAGGAUAUUCAACUUAUGGAAGUCAAGAAGCAGCUUGAGACAGAGUCUAAUCUUCACACGAAGACAAAAGAACUUCUGAAAAAUUCAGAAAAAGAAGUUAGUUCCUUGAAGCUACUCUUGAAUAAUCUUGAAACUAAGUUGGCAGAGACCACAGGAAGUGAUUCCAAAGGUGAAUCUAAUACUGAAGAAGAUGUUGAUAACCUCCGAGCACAGCUUAGACAGGCUGAGGAGCAAGCAAGUGACUUGAGAGAACGCCUGAAGACUACUACAAGUAAUGUGGAACAAUACAGAGACAUGGUCCUUAGUUUGGAGGAGUCUCUUAGUAAAGAGAAACAGGUAACAGAAGAGGUACGGGCUGCAGUAGAAUCUCGACUUAAAGAGUCUGCAGAAUAUCUGGCGCAGUUAGAGAAACGUAUGUUAGAAGCUGAGAAUGAGAAACAAGCUAUCACCGACGAGAAGCACAAAGCAAUAGAAAAUUUGGAGCAACAGACAUCUGAACUGAGGAGAAAUCUCAGCAGUCUUCAGGCAGAACUUCAGGAUGCCGUUCAGCGAGCAGCUACUGCAGCAACCAAUGAACAGCAAGCAAGAGCUGACUGUCAAGAACAGGCCAGGGUGGCAUCUGAAGCACAGAAUAAAUAUGAGCGCGAGCUGAUGCUACAUGCUGCUGACGUGGAAGCACUGCAGAUUGCUAAAGAGCAAGUUGCAACAAAUGCACAGGUGCGGCAGAAAUUGGAAGACGCUUCUCAGAAAGCUGAGGCACAGAUGCUGGAGUGCAAGGCAGCCAAGGAUGAAAUAGAAAGAAUAUUGAAGGAUGAAGUUUCCAAACUGACUGUACGCUGUGAAGAUCUGCAGAAACAGAACAAACUGUUGCUUGAGCAAGUAGAGAGCCUUAGCAAUAGGAUGGUGACCACAGUGCAAGAAACAACUCAAAGCUCCUUCAAUACAUCUUUCAAUGAAGAAGGAAAGUCCCAGGAACAGUUACUUGAAAUUCUGAGGUUUGUGCGACGAGAAAGAGAAAUUGCAGAAACAAGGUUUGAAGUUGCCCAAGUUGAGGCUCUGCGCUAUCGUCAGCGAGUGGAGAAUUUGGAGAGAGAACUGAAGGAGGUGCAGGACAGUCUCAACUCUGAAAGGGAAAAGGUCCAGGUAACUGCCAAAACACUGGCACAACAUGAUGAGCUGAUGAAGAAGACAGAGACUAUGAAUGUUCUAAUUGAGACCAAUAAGAUGCUGAGAGAUGAGAAAGAAAGGUUGGAGCAAGAACUCCAACAAUCACGGGCAAAGAUUCGUAAGCUAGAGUCUGACAUCCUACCUCUUCAAGAAUCCAACACUGAGCUCAGUGAGAAAAGUGGUAUGUUGCAAGCAGAGAAGAAAUUGCUGGAUGAAGAUCUCAAACGCUGGAAGGCCCGUGCCCAGCAAUUAAUCAGUCAGCAGAAGGAGACCGACCCUGAUGAGUACAAGAAGCUGAUUUCAGAGAAAGAUACAAAUACCAAACGCAUUCAACAACUAACUGAAGAAACCGGCAAACUGAAAACUGAAGUUGCUAGACUGAAUGCGUCAUCCUCUGUAUCGCAACGUGAUGUACAGACAUUGAAGACAGAACUCACUAGAGUGUCUGUUGAUCGGGAUAAACUAAAGCAGGAAAUGAUGGCAAGGGUGGCAGAUAUCCAAGAAAAGAACAAAACUAUCACCCAGGUUAAAAAGAUUGGUCGUAGAUACAAGACUCAGUAUGAGGAGCUGAAAGCGCAGUAUGAUAAGAUGGUUGCUGAGACUACUUCUCAACGUUCAGCAGAUCAACAAGCAGAACAAUCCUCUGCUCAAGCCACACAGGAUUUGCAAGAAGCCUUGGCUCAGUCUGAAUCUAGAGCUAAGGCAUUAGAGUCUCAGGCUGAAGCUCUGCAGAAGUCUGUUAGUGAGAAGGAAUCUGAAGUUAAAAAAUUACAGGAUGAAGUAACCCAGUUGCAAGGUGAACUUUCCCGCUUGCGUCAGGAACUGCAGGAGAAAGCAAACCUCGAAGAACAGCUUCGACAGCAGAUUCUGGAGAAAGAGGAGAAGACCAAAAAAGCAAUAUUGGUUGCCAAACAGAAGAUAACACAGUUAGCUGGUUUGAAGGAGCAAUUGGCAAAAGAGAAUGAAGAGUUGAAGCAGCACAAUGAAGAGUUUAAGCAGCGUGUCACUAGCUUAGAUCAGCAAAGAGAGGAGCUGGAGGUCCGCAUGAGUGCACUCAAAUCACAGUAUGAUGGUCACAUUACUCGACUUAAACGAGAGCUGAAAGAACACCAGGAACGACAGCAUGAACAACGUGAGGAACCACAAGAACUAACUAUUAAGACUUCUGAGCCACAGAGACAACUGGAUCCACAGCGACAGAUCACCUUGAAACAAACUCCAGUAUCUACAGACAGAGGAAGUUCGAGCUCAUCGGAUCCACCAACAGCCAAUAUCAAGCCGACUCCUCUUGUGGCAACACCUAGUAAAGUAGCUGCUGGGCCAGUGCCUGGCAGCAAGUCCACGCCAAGAGCCAGUAUUCGUCCAAUGGUUACUCCAGCGACUGUCACUGGACCAGCCACAACACCAACUGCAACAGUGAUGCCAACAACACAGGUUGAAACACAAGAAGCAGCCAUACAGUCAGAAGGACCAGUGGAGCACGUAACUGUUUUUGGUAGCACAAGUGGAACAGUGCGUUCAACGAGUCCAAAUAUCCCAAACUUGUCACAGCCUAUUUUAACAGUCCAGCAGCAACAGACACAAGCAACAGCUUUUGUACAGCCCACUCAACAAACUCUUCAGCAGGUAGAGCCAGCAAAUCAGGAGCUUUCAACAAACCUAGCAGAUGUUGUGCAGAACUCCCCAUUGGAACGACCAUCCACUUCUACUGCAGUAUUUGGGACAGUUUCAGGUUCGACUACUAUGUCUAAACGUCAACGUGAAGAUGAUGAGGAGACCAGUACAGAUAAUACAGCUCAUGGUCAGGAUGAGUCUUUGGAACAUCAGUCAAAGAAAUUGAAACUUACCCAACGAGCGGAAGAGCACAUGCAAGAAGUGGAAGAAAGUGCAGAAACAGAUACUGAAAUGCAGAUGCAGUCAGAGAACCUGGAUUCACAGGACUCUAUCACCCAGGUGGUCAUUGAAGAAUACCCACCUUCUCAACUGAUGGAAGAUAAUGAAGAGACUUCUCAUCCUUUGGAUUUGGUUCCCCAACCACCGGAACAUCAGCAAAAUACUCAAUCAUCACAAAAUUCUCAGACACAAACUGAAUACAUUAUUAUUGAGAGUGAUGAAGAUCCAGACAAUGAAGAGGACCAAGAGCAGGAGGAAUAUGAAGAGGAUGAGGAGGAAGAGGAGGAUGAUGACGAUACUGGUAUUGAGGAUGGUGAUGGUGAAGACAGUAAUGAGGGUAGUCCUGAGGGAGAAGAUAAUUAUGAUGAUGGCAACGUUGAGGUUGCUGAUGGGACAGAUCCUAGUGCAGACGAGCAAACUACAAGAGAAAGUACUCAAAUCUCAGAGGAUAAUUCUGGAGGUGAAGGUUGUGUCACUACUACAGAGUCAUACACUCCAGAAGCUCCAAGAGAGCAACAGACAGUUGCUGAAAGACAAGCUUCACGAGCUCGACGAUCACCAAGGAGACCACCGCAUCCUCUUCCUCCAAGACUAACUAUUCAACCUCCAGCUCCAGAACUGGGACCACCUGCACAGAGAUUUCCACCAGCGAGGCGGCCUUCAUCAAGUCGAGGAGGGAUCCAGCUUACUCCAGGCAUUGGAGGUGUGCAGCAACAUUUCUUUGAUGAAGAUGACAGAAUGGUGCCCAGUACACCGACACUUGUUGUGCCCCACCGAUCAGAUGGGUUUGCAGAAGCCAUUCAUUCUCCCCAGGUUACAGGAGUCCCUCGCUUUAGGUUUGGACCACCUGAAGAUAUGAAUCAGACUAGUUCAAGUCAGUCUGAUCUUGGACAAUUGGCAUCCCAAGGAGGGUUAGGAAUGUACGAGACUCCCAUUUACCUUGCUGCUGUUCAUGAAGAUGAAUCUGGAGGCCGCAGUGUACCUACUACACCAUUGCAAGUUCAUGCACCAGUGACUGUUUUCAAUGAGGGGCCACAAACAGAUAUAACUGAGCACGCCUCCCAGUCUGUUCCUAUGGUUGCAACAUCCACAAGCAAUCUGUCCAGCACUGUUGAAUCUGGAGGCGGUGAUGAUGGUGAUGAAGUGUUUAUCGAAGGAGCAGACCAAGAAGGUCUAAGUUCAGAUGUUAUGUUGGAAAUUGAAGGACAUCAGGAGGAAGAAUCCGCCCAGCCUUCUGAAGAAGCAGAUAUCCCAUCCACUAGCCAGGAUCCUCCUUCCAGUUCAGCUGAUGCUGCCAUUACACAGCCUAAACCUUUGAGAAGAGUACGACUUUAUCCACAGAUGGGGAGAACUGCUGCUCGAGGGCGACAGUUCCUUAGCCGGAGAGGUAUGAACCUUUCAAUGGGAGGAAGAAGAGGCAUAAACAGAGGAAAUCAUAGUUGAAGUGCAUGUACCCAUGUGAAGCGUAUUGAUCCCUAGUCAUUGGUCUGGCUCCUUGCUACAAUAAAACAAAUUUUUGAACUUCAAACAUUUGUGGGUUCUUGUUCCAUUAGUUUUUUUCCAUGGAAAAAUAAAGUGAUUUUCUUUUUAA